AUGUCGGGAGAGGACGAUCUCGGCUAUACGAUGCUCAACAUUGCAAUCGAGAUGGCGGAGGCACUCGGCAUCAUCAACCGGGAGCCGCUCGAUCUCAGCAAAUUACAGCUGUCCGACGAAAUGAUCACAUCCGUAAAGCGAACGGCGUGGGGAGUAUUCCAGGUCGACACGGUGGUUCAUACCAACUUUUUGAAGCCGAGCCGGGUCACGAGCGUCAGUCUCGACCGGAUCGAUCCGAACGAGUCUGGUGCCGGGGAUCUCUGGGUUCCGUAUCCGACAAAAGGCCGCGACAGUCAUGGCUGA